AUGGAAUCAUUUUCAAGUAUGGAUGAGCCAUUUCCUACACCUCCUCCAUACUUUUUACCAGAUGAUGGUAAAACACAAGACGUGAAGGUCUACCAAAUCGUCUCUCCUUGCACCCCUGCAGUGCUACCAGCCUCCUUCUCCUUUUCUCCAGGAAAUGGCUGCUCCACACAGACUCAAUCACCUCCAGCAGCGUCUGCAGCCCCGUCAAAUGCUCAGGAGCCAAAGUUUGUGACCUUUGAAACCGGCCUGUAUCGCUCUCCAGCUCUGACAACAUGCAUCUCCUGUCAGGCUCAGGUCACCACUCAGGUCACCUUCAGAGUCGGGACUCACGCGUGGCUCAUGUGUCUCGUUUUUGUGCUAUGCGGGUUGUUGCUUGGCUGCUGUUUGAUUCCAUUUUUUGUAAACCACUUCAAGGACGCCUAUCACACUUGUCCUCGCUGUGAACGGGUUCUUCAUGUGGAAAGGAAGACAUGCUGUCAGUGA